GUGCUUGCCCACGCAAUUUUUUAAGAUUUGCUCUGGAGAUUAACUUCUCAUUUUUUUCUCUGUUUCUGGGGCUGUGUUAGUCAUUAUUUAAUUUUCGCUUCAUGGAUGCCGGUGGUAAGUUGAAGAAAGGCGCCGGAGGAAGGAGGGGAGGCGGUCCGAAAAAGAAGCCGGUGUCUCGGUCCGUCAAAGCUGGUCUACAGUUUCCCGUCGGACGGAUCGGCAGGUACUUGAAGAAAGGAAGGUACUCUCAACGCGUCGGAACUGGAGCUCCUGUUUAUCUCGCCGCCGUUCUUGAAUACCUUGCCGCUGAGGUUCUGGAGUUGGCGGGCAAUGCUGCUAGGGACAAUAAGAAAAAUAGGAUCAUCCCGAGGCAUGUUCUGUUAGCGGUGAGGAACGAUGAAGAAUUAGGGAAGCUUCUGGCUGGAGUAACAAUUGCACAUGGUGGUGUUUUGCCUAACAUCAAUCCUGUGUUACUGCCUAAGAAAAAUGAGAAGGCGGUCAAGGAACCUAAAUCCCCAUCCAAAGCCACGAAGUCGCCCAAGAAGGCUUAAACUCUGUAUUGGCAAUGAAAUUAUUAUCUCUGUAUGUAGUCGAUAGUCUGUAUCUUUGUUUCGUAGGGAUAUUGUAACCGUUGUGGCACUAUCCUUGUUUUUAUUUCAAGUAAAUGAAAUGACAGCGCCUUGAUCCUCAA